AAGCUGAAGUUUGAAAAGGGGAGAGUAAAUGGGAUAAGUGUGUCUGUUUUGAAAGAUUCUGGUUCGAGUGUUAUAGGAAUUAGAAGCUCAUUAGUUGGUGAGAAAGACAUGAUUCCUGGUACUUAUAAAUUAAAACUUGUUGAUGGGACAGUGAAGGAUUAUCCAUUGGCAUGUGUGAGUAUUGAGUCGGAUUACAUUGUCGGUAAAUAUGUCGUAGCUUGCUUUAAAGAUCCGGUUGCAGAUUUAAUUCUUGGGAAUGUUGACAGUAAUGUGAGUCGUGAGUUUAAUUGCUCAGCAGUAACUAGGUCAAUGACAAAUAAGGAGAUUGAGGGCGGCACUGUAAGUGAUUGUGGAGUAUUGGAAGAAUGUCGAGAUGUGCUAGGUACAAGCGAAGAAUUUUUAUGUGAACAGUUGAGUGAUCCGUCUUUAAAAGAUCUAUGGGAGCGACAUGUGGACAGUUGUGUAGAUAAUAAAAAGAAUGGAAGUGUGGAAUAUAAAGUGUUUGAUAGACUAUUGUACAGAGUGUUUAGGGGAAAGUUUGGUGAGGAAGAAAGACAGUUAGUUGUACCUUCAGCUAAGAGAGAAAUUGUGUUGAAAACCGCUCAUGAGAGUAUGUUGGCAGGACAUUUGUCAUUAAGAAAGACUAAAAGUAAAAUCUACAAAUAUUUUUUCUGGCAAGGUUUAGAUAGAGACAUAAAAGAGUUUGUGAGGUCGUGUGAUAUUUGUCAGAAAGCUAGGAUGCCACGUCGUUGUGACAGAGUGGAGCUUGGCCAAAUGAAUGUUAUUACCACUCCGUUUUAUAAAGUUGCAACAGAUAUUAUUGGCCCAUUGGAGUUAACUGACAAUAAGAAUAGGUAUAUUUUGACAGUAGUAGAUGUUGCUACGAGAUGGCCAGAAGCGAUACCACUGAGAAAUAUAAACACAGAAACAGUUAUCGAAGCACUAACUAGUAUUUUUUGUAGAAUUGGGCUACCGACUGAAAUUUUAAGUGAUCAAGGCCCACAGUUUACUUCGGAAUUGUACAAUCAGGUCUGUAAUUUUUUCUCUGUCAAACCAGUGCAUUCUACCAUUUACCACCCGAGCUCUAAUGGGAUGGUUGAACGACUUAAUUCUUCUUUAAAAUCCUUUCUAAGGAAAGUGUGUCAGGAUAGCCCUUGUGAUUGGGACCGGAAAGUCAACGCAGCUCUGUUCGCCUACCGAGAGGUUCCUAACGAAACAACGGGAAUAUCACCAUUUGAGCUUGUCUACGGAAGACAAAUGAGGGGCCCUUUGGCUAUCUUAAAGCAAGUGUUCGUAAAUAACGAAGAGGAAAAUGGGUACAAGAAUGUAUUCAGUUAUUUACUGGAUUUGAAGACAAGAUUAUCUGAGGUGACUGCUAUUGCUAAUUUCAACAGUAAGGCAAACAGAAAUAAAUACAAGAAACAAUAUGACAAAUACUCAUCGAGGCGUGAUAUAAAUGUGGGUGACUGUGUUUUAGUCCUCAAACCACACAGAGACAGUAAGCUGUCCGUGUUUUGGCAGGGCCCGUAUAAGGUUCUAAACAAGAUUUCCCAAUUUAAUUAUGUUAUCCAGAAAGAAAAUAUGACAAAGAUAUAUCAUAUAAACAGACUUAUGAAAUACCAUUGUAGGGUAAAGAAGGGAGAUAACCUAAUUGUUGCAGAUGAAAAUAGAAAUGAACUUUUGUCAGCUAAUAUGGUUUCAGUUGUAGGGGAGGAAGACGUUGCUGAGCAGGAUGAAUAUAAUGAUGAUAUGCUACCUAACAUUCCAACGCUAGAAAUUACGCAGAAAGAGAAGAUUCACGAGGAUGUCUUCACACAGGUCAAAAUUAACCCCAAUUUGAACCAUAUGCAAAAGAAGCAAGUAAAUGAAAUUUUAACAGAGUAUAGAGACAUUAUAUCCAAUGUUCCUGGCAGGGCCACAGUCGAAAAGUUUAAAAUUAAAUUGAUUGAUAAGAAGCCUAUAGCUCUGAAACCAUAUGCGGUGCCCAUUCAUAUGAAAGAGAAAGUGAAGCAAGAAAUCGACAACAUGUUAGAAUUGGGAAUUAUAGGGCCGACGGACUCCCCGUAUGCAGCGCCAGUUGUUAUAAUUAAGAAGAAAGAUGGCACACUCCGCCCUUGUAUAGAUUUUAGAAAAUUAAAUAAUAUUACUGAAAUACCUGCUGAGGUAAUUCCUGAACAAGAAGAUUUGUUUAACAUGUUGUAUAAAGCCAAGUACUUUACAUUGGUGGACCUAACAAAGGGUUACUGGCAAAUUCCGAUCAGUGAAACGAGCAAACCUUUUACAGCGUUUAGAGUUCUUGGGGAGCAUUAUAUGUUCCACUACUUACCCUUUGGGUUGAGCGGUGCUCCAAGUCAUUUUAAUAAGGUUGUUAAGAGUAUGCUAAGGGGAGUAGAAAAUGUAUUGUUCUACUUCGAUGACAUUUGUAUUUUCAGUGAAGACUGGGAAUCACACUCGAAAAGUGUCAGAAAUGUUUUUUGCGCUCUAAGAGAGAACGGCUUAACACUAAAACCAGAUAAACUUGAGGUGGGCUACACUAGUGUUAAAUUUCUGGGUCAUAAUGUGGGACAGGGAGUUAUCAAACCUGAUCCUAGCAAUGUAAAAAAGAUCAUGGAAUUUAAAACACCCACUACAAAGAAAGAAAUACGUAGUUUGAUUGGUCUGAUAAAUUAUUACAGCAAAUUUAUUCCGAGUUACGCGGAUUUAGUAUUCCCCUUUACAGAGUUACUACGUCGGGGCAAGUCUAUAAGAGUGGAUUGGAACUAUGAGUGUGCGGAGGCAUUGAAUAGAGUGCAGACUUGUUUGAGUAAGUAUCCUAUUCUUCGUUUACCUGACCCUUCUCUAUCUUUUUUUCUUCAGACCGAUGCUUCAGAUAAAGGAAUUUCUGGUAUUCUCUGUCAGUGUAUCAAAGGUGUGUUACAUCCCAUAAAGUACGUAAGCCGUAAGUUGUUGCCUCGGGAGCAGAAGUACUCUAUUAUUGAACGGGAAGGAUUAGCCAUAGUAUAUUCUGUUAAGAAACUGGACAGGUAUUUAGCAGGUAAAACAUUUCACCUGCUGACUGAUCACAAGGCCUUAUCGUAUCUCAGGAGCACAAACUUUACAAAUGCACGUAUCACAAGAUGGGCAUUGAUGCUACAAGACUACUCCUUUGACGUUGCCCACGUCAAGGGAGAGAACAAUCUGCUGGCUGAUCUUUGUUCAAGAUUGAUAUAGACUUCCAUCCGCCAUUUAUAUUAUGUCUCUAUGUGUUAUAACAUUUGAACUUGUGUUUUAUAUUAUGCAAAUGAUACUAAUUUCAAGAAUAUAAUGUGUAUUUAUCUACCAUGAAUAUAAGUUGGUAUAUUAUAUUAAUGUUGUAUUUGUAAAUAUGAUUUUGUAAUAUAACUUGGUUCUUGGCCCAAGUUGAUAUGGAUCACCUUAAAAGUCAAGGUAACCAACUUUUCUUUGUAAUUGGAUUUUCAUCUUGACGUGUAUUGUGUCUCCUUGUUUCAUUAAUUGGUGACUCCCCAUCAUUUUUUUUCUUCCAUUAUUACAUUUUGAAAUGUGACAUAGAUGCACUUAUGAUCAUUUUGUUCUUCCUUGUUCUUUCUACAAAGUUUUUUUCUUCGAAAGGAUUUUUGAUGACUGGAAUUUCUUUCAAAAUUUCCAGUUCGUCGAGGAGGGGGGAUGUCGCGUAGUAUAGACAAGUGUCUAUUUCUUUCUCCUAACUCUGUUUUUUUUAUUUCCUCUACUGGUAGUACGUGUACGGGGCGAGAGGGUCUUGUAUUUUUUUGUUUUGAAUUGUUUUGCUACGUCACAAAGUCCGGUGACAUCUAUCGGUCAUUCUUUGUCAUGAGGCAGUUCACCCUCUAGUUUGGUUGUAGCGGACGGUGUGUUGGCUCGUAAAACGUUAUUUGUCUGUACCUGUUUCUCGGACUUAUUUUUCAGUUGGAUUUUUGGGACCCCUGUUUAGGGGUGCCAGUGUUGGAGUUGUGGGCGUCGCUUGCCGUCUCAGAAAUACAUAUUGCAGUUUUUUUCAUUGUCAUUGUCAAACUUUACUAUUACCAAGGUUGGCAGUGUUGUGACGCCAGUCGGUCAGAGUCUGGUGGACCAUAAAGCCAGGGUGACAAGUUAAUAGCCGUAGCAAAGGUGCUUAAAUUAAUUAUUGUAUAAUAUCUUUAUAUAUACCUAUUAUAUAUAUAUAUAUAUAUAUAUAUCUAAUAUAUAUACUGUCUAUUUGUCAUCCUCAUUGUACAUACACAUAUAUGUUUCAUACAAUUAAAUUCAUUUAUUUUUUUGUUGUUAUUUAAACUAUUCACCUAGUUGUUUACUGUAUGUACGACUGUGUGUGAGUGAUGUUCUUGUCAGGUUGAACCCCGGGACCUUAACAGUAUACAGCUAGUUAAAAACGCAAUUAAA